AUGCAUACACACAAACAAACAUACACAUUCACACAUGCAUACUCACACACAAACAAACAAACAUACACACACACACACAAACAAACAGCUGGUGAGUGUUCAUCAGAAUGUCAACCAUUUGAAGGAAAGAAAUAUUGCUGGGGACCUGAAGCGCGCCAAUGUCAAAAUUUCACUAGAGUUAUAUGUAGCGAUGUCUGUGCGGACAGAUGUUUUGGACCAGGCCCGGAUAAAUGUUGCUCUAAAGCGUGCGCUGGGGGAUGCACUGGCCUCAAAGAUACUGAAUGUUUUGCAUGCGCUCGAUUCGAUAACGAAGGUAAAUGUGUGGAUAACUGCCCACCGCCGGAAGAAUACGAUCCGGUUCAAUACAUCCACAAGCCCAAUCCUUUUGGGAAAUAUUCUUACGGCCAUGUUUGUCUUGCCCGGUGUCCUGCUUCUAUGUACGAGUUGAUGGGGGCCUGUGUGAAACGGUGCCAACCGGGCACCACCCCAAAGACUGUAAAUGGUAGAAAUAAGUGUUUGCCCUGCGAUGGCCCAUGCCCCAAAGCCUGCCAACCUCCAUCAAUUUUAGAUAGCGAUAACAUUGACAAUCUUAAAGAUUGCACUAUAAUCGAGGGUCCCAUUAUAUUACACCAAUCAAUGGCUGUCGGCGAUCAAUGGACAAAACCACUGACGGCUGACCAGUGGAAAAUAUUUGAGACCGUAACAACGAUCGAGGAUUUCCUGUAUGUCGAUAUUCGCGCGGCUAACUUCACCGAUCUCUCCUUCCUCAAGAACCUGAAACUUAUUAAUGGGAAAAAAACGAAGAAAGAUUGUUCAUUGUUCAUCUAUAACUCGCUGUUGGAGUCCAUAGGCUUGACCUCUCUUGAGGGAAUAUAUGGCGGCAAACUCUGCGUUAUCUCCAAUGAAAACCUAUGCUAUAUGACUCAAGAGCCAGAGGAUUGGAAUUUUUUAAUGGCCGAUGGUGACAAGGUUCGCUUCGACGGAAACAAGCUUCCUGAAUUAUGUGUUAAAGAUAAUGAGACAUGCUCGGACAAGUGCUUGAGUAAGUAUGCCUGCUUCGGAGCCAGCGAUGAAGACUGCCCAGCCUGCAAACAACUCAAAGAAGGCCGCAAAUGCGUAGACGGGUGUUCACCCGGUUGGUUCGAGCAGCAAAGGGCAGAAAUGACGUCAGUUGGCCAGCCAAUCAGAGAGUGCGCCAAGUGUCAUGCGCAGUGCAAAGAUUCCUGUAACGGAACUGGAGCCAACCAUUGUUUCUCGUGCCUCAACUACAAAGACGGACCUUACUGUGUCGAGAAGUGUCCAGAAAGGAUGAAGGGAAUGAAGAAGUUGAAGUGGCCAAUGAAAGACCUGUCGAUAGUAGAAUGUCACCGAUGUCACUCGGAAUGUAGGGAAUGCUACGGUCCAGGGGCCAGCAACUGCAAACUUGAGACCUAUGGAAAGCAGGACUCUAAGGUGAGGAUGAUGACGAUGAUGAUGGUGACGAUUAUGGUGAUGAUGAUGAUGGUGACGAUUAUGGUGAUGAUGAUGAUGGUGGUGGUGAUGGUGAUGAUGAUGAUGGUGGUGAUGAUGACGAUGAUGGUGGUGCCUCUAGUGAUAACGGGAGCUGCCCCGGACAAAUCGUCACUGAAGAUCAUCAACGAGUCGGAGCUGCGGAAGGACGCGGAAAUCGGAUCCGGAGCGUUCGGGACGGUCUACAAAGGUGUGUGGGUCCCUAGCAACGAGAAUGUCCGCAUUCCCGUCGCUAUAAAGGUCCUGAAGGAAGGGACUACCUCGGUCCAGAAUAACGAGUUUCUCGAUGAGGCUAGAAUCAUGGCGUCCGUCAACCAUCCGUGUUGCGUCAGGCUGUCGGCCGUUUGCCUGACCAAUCAGGUGCAACUAAUUACCCCGCUCAUGCCUUUUGGUUCGCUGUUGGAAUAUCUGAGGAAGAAUAAGUCGCAGAUUGGAUCUAAGGUGCUGCUUAACUGGGCUACUCAGAUUGCUAGGGGUAUGAAAUAUUUGGAGGAGAGAGGAAUUGUACACAGAGAUCUUGCCGCAAGGAAUGUUCUAGUUAAGAACGCCAACUCAGUAAAGAUCACUGACUUUGGCCUCUCGAAGCUUCUGGACGCCAAUCAAGAAAGUGUCAAAGCCGUUGAUGAGAAGCUGCCCAUAAAAUGGAUGGCCAUUGAAUCCAUAAGGUUGCGCAUUUUCACACAUAAGAGUGACGUCUGGAGUUAUGGCGUAACCCUCUGGGAGCUAUUCACGUACGGGCAGAGACCUUAUGAAUAUUUAUCAGCUACAGAUGUCCUUGAGAUGUUGGAGAAAGGUGAAAGGUUAUCUCAGCCCGAGAUAUGUACUAUCGACAUUUACAUGCUGAUGAUUAGAUGUUGGUUACUGGACGCGGAUAGCAGGCCAUCCUUCCAGGAAAUGGUUGAGGAAUUUUCAAGGAUGAGUCGGGAUCCUGGAAGGUUCCUCGUUAUAACUGGCGACGAGUUCAUGAAACUUCUGGAGAACAAUCCAGACGCCAGGGACCUCGUCUCAGAUAAGGGUGCCGAAAAGUGGAUGCUGGCAGACGAGUACUACGACCAAAAAUCAAUCGACGCCCUCAAAAACAAAACCCCCGAGGAGGACAACUAUCUCAAGCCUAAAAAAGACGGCUUUGAACUUCCACCGAAGAAGGCCAAGAGUAACAAGUACGUUGACGUUAAUGAGGGCAGUGGAAACAAAUACACCGUUGACCCAACGGAGAGUCAAGGUCAGUUGGACGAUGGGCAGUUGGAUGUGCCGAUCGAUUCGGAGUACGUCUCUGGAGGGCCUCUGGUUUCUGAGCCAGCGGGGCUUGAGAAGAAACCCUUUUUUAAAGGGUCGCAGUCAUCUCUAUCAAAUUUAGCCCGUAUGGCGGUUGAGGGUCUAACUAGGUCUUCUGAAUACUUGAAAAUGAGCACCAACAAAAAACCGAAAGAAGAGAAAAAGGCGAUAUUAGCUGAAUUUGAGGACGAUGCUAUUGAUGACGUCAUUAUACCUCCAAUAACAACAACAACCACAACACCAAAGACAUCAAAAACGACACCAAAGAUAACAAAACAGACAGCAUCGUCGUCCGUAGAAGAUGAUGAUAGCGAUGACUAUCUGAGACACGUUGUAUCCAUUAAAACUCUUCACAAUAAUACAAAUAUUAUUAAUAAUAAUGGUAAUAAUAAUAGUAGUAAUAAUAAAAAUUAUGGCCACAAUUAUUAUAACGUUUGAUGAGAAGAUUUAUGUAGAGGCUUUUUUAUUGUUUUAUCUUGCUUUUAACGAUAACCAAUAACUUAAUUACAAUUAAUUAACCAAUUAUGAUUGAUUGGUUGAUUAAUUGAUUGGUUG